AUGCGUAAUAAAGAGCAAAACGGUGCGCGCAGCGAACAGUAUGAGCUAGAGACGCUGCACCGACUUGAUGAAGAAUGUGUUCAUCAACAAGGAGCUGGAAACUAUCUCAAAGCAUUUGACUGUAUGGAACGAGCUUUAGUUAUGAGACGUCAUUUUUUUGGAGUUGAAAGCGAGGAGGUUGUGCAGGCUUGUCGAGCACUUUCUGAUAUGUGCAAUCUAUUGGCCAUGAGCUUUCUGCAGCAAGACAACUAUGCAGUAACCUUUGAACUUUUAAAGAAGGCAGAAGUGCUAACUCAAUGCCAUCACCCAGUCGAACGAGCCACCACGCUCAAUAACUUUGCAUGUUACUAUCGCCGAUUGGGUAAACUCCAUGCAGCUAUGAGCAGUUUGAAACAGGCGCUGGCUUUGGAAACAAAGUUAAAAAAUAUUCGCAGUGCUGCAGAUACGCAACUUAAUAUCUGUGCCGUUCUUUCGCAGUUAGGGAAACAUCAAGAAGCCUUGAAUCAUGCACAAGAGGCUAUUAUCACGUUGCAAAAAGUUCUGGCUGCUGACAAAGAUAUGAUCGGAGGAGUUACUGAUGCAUCAACUGGAGAUAUACCAAGCACAAGACUUGACCGUAUCUCGGUAAUGUGCAUUGCGUACCACAACAUUGGCGUUGAGCAUGAAUUCCUUAAGGAAUAUGCCCAUUCUGUUGCAAGCUACGAGAAGGGAGUUGGCUUUGCUGAGCGAUAUCUUGGCCCCGACCAUUCAAUUACAACAACUAUUCGAGAUUCUUGGUUAGCUGUGAAGCGAUUGCUGGCUUCAAAGGUGAGUGUGCGGCCAAGAUCUGUACAAAAGGGUAUAAAAAAUGCCGCCAAUGCAAGACUCUCAUCAAGGCCGCGAAUUCGACCGCGUCGAAUACCAAAUUCGGUGACGAAGAGAGAAAUGCAUUCGGAUGGUUCGAAUGGCUUGCAGAUUUACACACCGCCUACUUUUAGUUCGGAAGUUAUACCAAGGGCCCCUUUAUGUGUGUUACCGCCGCUGGAAGAUCAAUAUCUUUUCAGCAGGGGCUUUUCUGCGCCCGGCGACGUUGAGUCGUUUGCUUUGAAUUCGUCCCCGACAGAUAUAUUUCCCAAUCCUCAAAUUAGUUUUGGUGGAACUUUAUCCGAGGAUGAGACAAGAUCACGUAUAAACAAUACCAGUCAAAAUGUAAUGAUAUCAACUAACAUCGAGGCAGAAACUUUGACAUAUAAGCGUAAAGAUAGCAAAGACGUCGUCAGAAAAUCUCUAUCAACAGUUUGCAUAAGUCAGAGAAAUCGCAAUGAUGAAUAUUUGAAGCCCAUAGCACAUACAACGACCUUGGCGAGUCAGGCUGAUGAUUUAAGCGGCUUGACAUUUGACAGUAUCUUUGGUGGGUUCUUUAGCGAAGAAAUUACGACAAAAAAGAACGAUGAAUUGAAUGAUGCGUCAGGGAGGAGGAGCUAUGUAUCUCCUCUUCUGACAGAGAUGAAUAGUUGUACUAUUUCCGACGUGGGUGUUGCAAGUCUUUCUCAAGACAUAAGGGUCAUGAAUAAAGAGCUCGGACUUAGUUCCAAGUUCAUUUGUUCAUUGGAAGAACCAAUAGAAGAUGCCAAUUUAGUAGCGCAGAUGAUGCACAGUCUCGACCAAAUUGUUGAUCCCGUGCUGGAAAGUGAAAUGCUGAAGGUGACAAUGAAUGGUACGGAUGGCGAAGAAGCCCUUGAUGUUUAUGCAGCUGACGCAAGUGUUGAAAAAAGAGACCAGCUUUUGGAGGAGGAAGAAACUGAUCGAGAAGAUCUUUUACAUGCUGGCGAUGUGGCUGGAGUUUUAAAUGAUGAGGAUAGCAGAAAUGACACUAGCGACGCGAUUCUUCAGCAGCUCGAGGUAGACCAAGUAAUCAGCACAACAUAUGCAGAAAGUUCUGGCGACUUGAGGUCAAGAGCUUCUGGACCAAGAGAUCCUGGCCCGGUCGACGUACUGGAAAAUGAUUUGACGAUCGGCAAUUUGGACAAGGCAGUUUUCGAUUCCAACCAUUUACAAGCUUUCAAAGGUGUAAAUGACGCUAACAACUUUCAAAGUUCAAAUGUUUAUGCAUUCAAUGACGAAGUGACACCAAAUCCCACAAGUGUGAUUUCUUACGACUCCAUUGAGCUUCCACUAAUUUACAAUUACCCCAUUUACAAUAGCAGUUUGGAGACUGGGUGUGCUGUUAACCACUCCAACAGCGAGUCAUUAGAAACGAAUAGUGAAGAUGCAAUAAAAGAUGAAACGCUACACGACACUGACACCCCAACUGCUAGUUUGAAUGUCGUGCCAUCAGCUGAGAUGGAAGAUAAUGAUAAUGCGGAAAGCAACGACAAUGAUAUAAAAUCUAAUCUGGAUGAAGGUCCAGAAUCUUAG